AUGAAGAAAGGUGUUAGUUCCCUGGUAACUGUUGCCCUCAUGGCAUUGGCUUCCUCUCUUGCCUCUGCCUUUGAUCCAAGGCCACUGCAGGACACUUGUGUUGCCAUUGAUGAACCCGAGAAUGCUGUAUUUGUAAAUGGAAAGUUCUGCAAGAACCCAAACCUGACCGUGGCCGACGAUUUCUUGUAUCAAGGGCUGAAUAUUCCAGGAAACACAGCAAAUCUAGUGGGCUCAAAUGUCACUAUUAUAAAUGUUGAUGUACUACCAGGACAAAACACUCUUGGGAUAUCACUGGUUCGUAUCGAUUAUGCACCCUAUGGUCAAAACCCUCCUCACAUUCACCCCCGUGCCAGUGAGAUCCUCACAGUUUUGGAGGGAACACUCUUAGUUGGCUUUGUCACAUCCAACCCUCAAAACCGCUUCAUUAGCAAAGUCCUCAACAAAGGGGAUGUUUUUGUGUUCCCUAUCGGUCUCAUUCACUUCCCUAUCGGUCUCAACAAAGGGAACACUCUUAGAUUGCUUUUCAUGGAAAUCUUGAUAUGCCCCUUUUUAAGAUUGCUUUCUAGUCUUAGGAAACGCUUUUAG